UAUUGGUGCAUUAAGUUCCGAAAGAGUGUGAUAUUUCUGUGUUAGAGUAAAGUGUUAAACCGCUGUGACAAAUAUGGGGAAGAAACUCAAAGUUGGAAAGACCAGAAAAGAUAAAUUCUACCACUUGGCCAAAGAAACAGGUUAUCGGUCUCGUUCCUCCUUCAAACUCAUCCAGCUCAACCGUAAAUUCCAGUUUCUACAGAAAGCCAGAGCGCUGGUCGACCUGUGUGCGGCUCCCGGUGGAUGGUUGCAGGUGGCUUCCAAGUUUAUGCCCGUAUCAAGUCUCAUUAUUGGUGUUGACCUGGUGCCCAUCAAGCCCAUCCCCAAUGUGGUGGCCCUGCAAGAAGACAUUACCACAGAGAAAUGCAGACAGGCUUUACGGAAGGAACUGCAGACUUGGAAGGUUGAUGUUGUGCUUAAUGAUGGAGCCCCGAAUGUGGGAGCCAACUGGCAACAUGAUGCCUUCUCACAAGCUCACUUGACCCUCAUGGCCCUGAAGUUGGCCUGUGAGUUUCUGACCAAAGGUGGCACUUUCGUCACCAAGGUCUUCCGCUCCAAAGACUACCAGCCACUGCUUUGGAUCUUCCAGCAAUUCUUCAAGAAGGUGCAGGCCACCAAGCCACAGGCGUCUAGGAACGAGUCCGCCGAGAUCUUUGUCAUCUGUCAGGGUUUUGUUGCCCCAGAUAAAAUCGACAGUAAGUUCUUUGAUCCCAAACAUGCGUUCAAAGAGGUGGAGGUGCAGGCCAAGACUGUGAGGGAGCUGAUUCCUGUCAAGAAACCAAAGGCGGAGGGAUACGCAGAUGGUGAUCUGACGCUCUACCACAGCUUCACAGUGUCAACCUUUCUGAAAGCUGACAAUCCUGUAGACUUCCUGGGCAAAGCCAGUGAGAUCACCUUUGACAACAAGGACCUGGAGUCUCACUCAGCCACCAGUGCCGAGAUAAAGGAGUGCUGUCGCGACAUCAAAGUCUUGGGCCGCAAAGAGCUCCGCCUGCUGCUGAACUGGAGAUCCAAGCUAAGGAGAUAUCUGGCCAAAAAACUGAGGAUGGAGGCCAAACAGCUUGACCAGGAGAUCAACUUAAGUUCUGGUGAAGAAGAGGGUAGUUCAGAGGAAGAGGGGGACAAGAAGAAAGAAGGGGAGGAGGAAGAGGAGGACGAGGAGGCGGAGAUGGAGAGGAAACUGACAGAACUGAAAGCUGAGGAGGUGGCUGAGCUCAAACGGAAGAAGAGGAAGCUGCUGAAGGAUCUUAGGAAACAGAGGGAGAGGGUGGAGCUGAAGAUGGACCUGCCUGGCGUCUCCAUCGCAGAUACCAACGACUGCUCCAUGUUUUCCCUCAGCACCAUCAAUAAACAAAAGGCACUGGCUGAUAUAUCCAAGGGGGACAUGCAGGCAGCCGACACCCUGGUGGAAGGAGAGGACGACCUCCAUCUGUCUGAGGAAGAGGAUGACGAGGCAGAUAAAAUGUCCCUGGCCUCUGAUUUGGACGACGAGGACUUGGAGGAGGUGGAGCAGAGAGAGAAAGAGCUGGAGAGGAAAGCACCAAAGAAGAAAGUGAAGUUCACUGUAGAAGAGGAGGAGGAGGAGGACGAUGAAGGGCAGGGAAGUGGCUUGCUGGUGGAACUAGAGGGAAAGGAUGAGAAGAAGGAACGAGAGACCAACCUGUGGUUCAGCAAAGGCAUCUUCUCUGAGAUCGACCUGGAGGGAGAUGCAGCGAGCGAGCUCCGACAGACCGAGUGGCUUCAGAACAAACAAACUGGGAAAGGGAAAAAGAGGAAAGCUGAAAAGGAAGAGGAGAAGGAGGAGGAGGAGAAGGCUGCUGCACCAGAGGAAGAAAAGGCGGGACCCUCACAGGAAGCUGCAGAGGAGAGUGACAGCGACUCAGAUGACAGCAGCGAUGAUGAGAAGGAGAUUACCAGGAUGAAGCAGGGCAAAGGGGCUGGUGGGAUGUUAGGAGCAGCUGAUGAUGAUGACUUCCAGGUUGUUCCUGUAGAAAGCACCAGUAAGAAAGCCAGGAUCCUGGAUGCAGAAGGCCUGGCCCUCGGCUGUCAGAUCGCUACGUCUAAGAAGAGAGCCAGGGACCUGUUGGACAGCUCCUUCCACAGGUUUGCUAGCUCCGAGGAGCAGUGGGAGGUACCUGAGUGGUUCCUGGAUGAUGAACGCAAACACCGGAAGAAGCCAGUGCCAGUGACCAAGGAGAUGGUGGAGGAGUACAAACAAAAAUGGAAGGAGAUCGAUGCUCGACCCAUUAAACGUGUUGCUGAGGCCAAAGCCAGGAAGAAGAGGAGGAUGCUGAAGAAGAUGGAGCAAGCCAAGAAGAAAGCAGAGGCAGUUGUCAACACAGUGGACAUCUCCGAGAGGGAGAAGAUGUCUCAGCUGAAGAGUAUCUACAAGAAAGCAGGCCUGGGGAAGGAGAAAAGAGAAGUAACAUAUGUUGUGAGCAAAAAGGGGGCCGGCAAGAAGGUGAGGCGGCCCCCCGGCGUCAAGGGAGCCUUCAAAGUGGUGGACAGCCGCAUGAAGAAAGACAUGCGGGGAAUGCAGAGGAAAGAACAACGCACUAAAGGCGGCAAAGGAAAAGGAGGACAGUCGAGGGGUGGCAAAGGAGGGAUGAAGAGUGCUAAGGGGCGAAAAGGAAGAUAAAUUUGAAUCUGUAGUGCCCUCACAGUCCUGCCUGGUAACUGUUAAACAUAACCUGGUCUUAUGCCGCAGGUGAGUAUUUAUGGAGCUUGGUGAGCUAAGGCUCCUGCCACACUUUGGGCUCCUGUAUAAUGUACAGAGGCCAAAAUGAACUUUCACAUGGAUGCCGUCUUUUGGGAACCUCUGCUGGGGUUCCUUAAACUCCUGGACACUUGAGAUAUGUUGUGGAGGUAUUUAAAAGCAGGUGUUCUGUGUACGUCUUUCUGAAGAUGUAGGAUAUUUGCCUUGAAGCUCUUUGAACAGUGUGGUUUCACUUAACAGCUGAACUGUAAUUCACAGUAAAUCAAGUUAAACAUAACAAUAAAUGUGUUCUCCAGAAAUGUUGGUAUUAAGA